AUGGUCAAGCUCGAAGUCGUUGACGACGAGGCCUUUCUCGAGAAGCCCGAAACCUCCAAGAACGGCGCACUCUUCCAAGAAGAAGACGACGAUGAUUUCACAGACACAGAUUCCGAAAUCUCAGAAGCCUCAGAUAUCGGCGACCUGGACGAGUCGCUCUACGACCGCUUCUCUGCACUAAAAGACAUCGUGCCUCCCAAAACCCGGGCUUCCAUCGGCUCGAUCGCUUCAAACACCGCCAGCGCGGUCUCGACAGGCGUGACUUACGGCGGAAAAGGCGUAUGGGUGAUCAUCAGCUCCGUGCUACUGCUGGGCAUUCCGUACGCACUAGCGCUCAGCGAGGAGCAGGCGCUCGUGGAGCAAGAGAGGCAACAGGGCUUGAUGGCAGAAGGUGCGCAAGGGCUGAUGGCUGCGGGUGAGGGACCGGGUGAGGCGAAGGCUGCGCUGUAA